AUUCCCAGGAGAGACCCAGGUUCCGAGCUGUGUGUGUAUGAUGUUGGAGCUGGGAGCAUGCUCAAUACCUCACGCUGUGCCUACUUGGCCAGGAGGUGUGUGGGCCAGGAGCUGCAGCUGGUGAAGGAUGGUCAGUGUGAGGACAUGGACCUCCUGUGGGCAGCAGAGAGAGCCCGCCUCUCCACCUUCAGCUCCAAGAGGGAGCUCUGUGAGUUUCUCGACACCUGCUAUGAGUGGGAGCGGUGUGCAGAGUCGAGGUGCAGAUGUCUCCUGCCCAAUCAAUGUCCGAAGGGAGAUGCGAAGGAUUAUUGUGUCGUCUUAGGUUCUGUUGAGAGAAAUGUCAGCCUUUGCAUGCUGGGAGCGAUGAAAUGCAAGAAGAUUAACUUUCGGAUGUGUACAGCCCCUGAGGAAAAUCCCCAGGACCCUGUGCAAUGAGGACAGCUGACUGUGCCUCUGAUCCAUCACAGAGUGAGCGGGAGUGCACAGCUCAUGGCACCAAAACCAGAGGCCUCUUAGAUUAACCAACUUUCAGCAAAGCAUAUACCAAAAUAAAUUACAAUGAGCUCUUUCUUUCAUGCUGGUACAGCUUAUAUUGGAACUCCACCAUCUAUAUGACAUGGAGUUUGUACAUUCCAGUAAAAUAAAGACCAAGUUGACAAGUUUA